GCCCACCCGGCGCUGUCCCAGCCGGCCACCCCGCUGAUGCCGCUGCCCCGCGCGGGGCCGGAGCGCCGCUAGCAGCAUGUCUCGGCGCAAGCAGGCCAAGCCCCAGCACCUCAAGUCGGAUGAGGAGCUACAGCCGCAGGACGGGGCUUCCGAGCACGGCGUCCCAGGGGAAGGUGCGGAGGACGCAGACAGCGGCAGCGAGAGCAGGAGCGGCAGCGAGGAAACCAGCGUGUGUGAGAAGUGCUGUGCGGAGUUCUUCAAGUGGGCGGACUUCCUGCAGCACAAGAAGACCUGCACCAAGAACCCACUGGUGCUGAUCCUGCACGACGAUGAGCCCGCACCACCCUCCGAGGACUUUCCAGAACCUUCUCCCGCCAGCUCACCCAGUGACCGCACUGAGAGUGAGGUGGCUGAGGAGGUGGCUCCCGCAGAGGGCAGCGAGGUGAAAGCUGCUGCAAAGGAGGCGGAGCCCAUGGAUGUGGAGGCAACUGCGGACAAGGGCCCUCCAGGCCCAGGUGUGGCCCCACCGCCACCUGCACUGCCACCACAACCAGAGCCUGCGGCCUUCAGUAUGCCCAGUACCAACGUGACCCUGGAGACGCUGCUCAGCACUAAGGUGGCCGUGGCACAGUUCUCCCAGGGUGCACGCGCAGGUGGCACGACAGGUGCUGGUGGCAGCGUGGGCGCUGUGGCCAUCCCCAUGAUUCUAGAGCAGCUGGUGGCGCUGCAACAGCAGCAGAUCCACCAGCUCCAGCUCAUCGAGCAGAUCCGCAGCCAGGUGGCCCUGAUGAGCCGGCAGCCCGGGCCUCCACUGAAGCCCUCAGCCAGUGCCCCUGGAACAGCCGCGGUACAGCUUCAGGGCCUGGCUCCACACGCUGCGCUCCAGCUUUCUGCUGGACCUGCCGCUGCCUCUGCUGGCCCAGGCUCCACCCUGCCAGCAGCCUUUGAUGGCCCCCAGCACCUGUCACAGCCUGCAUCUGGCACAAGCACUCCCUGCAGCACCAGUGCUGGCCCGGCCGAAUCUGGGGCACACCCAGCCUGCAGCACUGGCCCAGCUCCAGGAGCUGUGGCCGCAGCACCCAGUGCAGUGGGCAACACAGUGCAGCCCCAAAAUGCGUCUACACCCCCUGCCCUGGGUCCCGGACCCCUCCUCAGCUCAGCCUCCAAUCUGCCAAACCCUCUGCUACCUCAGACUUCAUCCAGCAGUGUCAUCUUCCCCAACCCGCUGGUCAGCAUUGCUGCCACAGCCAAUGCCCUGGACCCCCUGUCAGCUCUUAUGAAGCACCGCAAGGGCAAGCCCCCUAAUGUGUCGGUGUUCGAGCCCAAGGCCAGUGCUGAGGACCCUUUCUUUAAGCACAAGUGCAGGUUCUGUGCCAAGGUCUUCGGCAGCGACAGUGCAUUGCAGAUCCACCUGCGUUCCCACACAGGGGAACGGCCCUUCAAAUGCAACAUCUGCGGGAACCGCUUCUCCACCAAGGGCAACCUGAAGGUCCACUUCCAGAGGCACAAGGAGAAAUACCCCCACAUCCAGAUGAACCCCUACCCUGUCCCAGAAUACCUCGACAAUGUGCCCACUUGCUCGGGCAUUCCCUAUGGCAUGUCCCUGCCCCCAGAAAAGCCAGUGACCACCUGGCUAGACAGCAAGCCAGUGCUGCCCACCGUGCCCACGUCAGUAGGGCUGCAGCUACCCCCCACUGUCCCUGGCACCCACAGCUACACUGACUCCCCCAGCAUCACUCCCGUCAGCCGGUCCCCACAGAGGCCCUCUCCAGCACCCAGCGAAUGCACCUCUCUGUCUCCAGGCCUCAACAAUACCGAGUGUGGUGUCCCAGUGAGGCCUGAGUCACCCCAGCCACUCCUUGGUGGGCCUUCACUUACUAAAACUGAGCCAGUCAGCCUGCCUUGUACCAGCACAAGGACAGGGGACGCUCCUGUGGUGGGUGGGCAGGUCAGUGGAUUACCCACUGCAGCUGCCACCACUGUCACAGACAGCGCCUGCACAAGCCUCGGUAGCCCUGGCCUUCCGGCUGUUUCCGACCAGUUCAAGGCCCAGUUUCCUUUCGGUGGGCUGCUUGACUCUAUGCAGACGUCAGAGACCUCAAAGCUGCAGCAGCUGGUGGAGAACAUUGAUAAGAAGAUGACAGACCCGAACCAGUGCGUCAUCUGCCACCGUGUGCUGAGCUGCCAGAGUGCACUGAAGAUGCACUACAGGACGCACACAGGGGAAAGGCCCUUCAAGUGCAAGAUCUGCGGCCGCGCCUUCACCACCAAAGGCAACCUGAAGACACACUUUGGGGUGCACCGUGCGAAGCCCCCACUCCGCGUGCAGCAUUCCUGCCCUAUCUGCCAGAAGAAGUUCACGAACGCUGUUGUGCUGCAGCAACACAUCCGUAUGCACAUGGGGGGACAGAUCCCGAACACACCGCUGCCUGAGGGCCUCCAGGAGGCCAUGGAUGCCGAUCUGCCCUUUGAUGAAAAGAGUGCGGAGACCCUCAGCAGCUUCGACGAUGACAUUGACGAAAAUUCCAUGGAGGAGGAUUCGGAGCUGAAGGACACAGCCAGUGACUCAGCUAAACCACUUCUUUCCUACUCGGGGUCCUGCCCGCCCUCGCCCCCGUCAGUCAUCUCCAGCAUCGCUGCCCUGGAGAACCAGAUGAAAAUGAUAGACUCGGUCAUGAACUGCCAGCAGCUGGCGAGCUUGAAGGCGGUGGAAAAUGGGUCUGGGGAAAGUGACCACCUGAGCAAUGACUCUUCAUCUGCGGUGGGUGACCUGGAAAGCCGCAGCGCAGGCAGCCCCGCCCUCUCUGAAUCCUCAUCCUCCCAGGCUCUGUCACCUGCUCAUAGUAACGGUGAGAGCUUCCGGUCCAAGUCACCAGGUCUUGGCCACCAGGAGGAUCCGCAGGAGAUCCCACUGAAGACCGAGAGGCUGGACAGCCCACCCCCCGGCCCAGGAAAUGGAGGUGCCCUGGACCUGACGGCUGGCCAUCCUGGUCGGCCACUCAUCAAGGAGGAGGCCCCCUUCAGCCUGCUGUUCCUGAGCAGAGAGCGGGGUAAGUGUGCGAGCACUGUGUGUGGUGUCUGUGGCAAGCCCUUUGCUUGCAAAAGUGCGUUGGAAAUCCACCACCGCAGCCAUACCAAGGAGCGGCCAUUUGUCUGCACGGUCUGCAGGCGAGGCUGCUCCACAAUGGGUAACUUAAAGCAGCACUUACUGACACACAAGUUGAAAGAGCUGCCUUCUCAGGUGUUUGACCCCAACUUUACUCUAGGUCCCAGCCACAGCACACCCAGCCUGGCCUCCAGCCCUGCGCCCACCAUGAUCAAAAUGGAAGUGAACGGCCACAGCAAGGCCAUCGCAUUGGGUGAGGGCCCAGCCCUAGCAGCCGGGGUCCAGGUCCCCACUGGGCCCCAAACAGUGAUGAGCCCCGGUCUGGCACCCAUGCUGGCACCCCCGCCACGCCGGACACCCAAACAGCACAACUGUCAGUCCUGUGGGAAGACCUUCUCCUCAGCCAGUGCCCUGCAGAUCCAUGAGCGCACCCACACGGGGGAGAAGCCUUUCGGCUGCACCAUCUGUGGCAGGGCCUUCACCACCAAGGGCAAUCUCAAGGUACAUAUGGGCACCCACAUGUGGAACAAUGCACCUGCAAGGCGUGGCCGCCGCUUGUCUGUGGAAAACCCUAUGGCCCUGCUUGGUGGUGAUGCUCUGAAGUUCUCUGAAAUGUUCCAGAAGGACCUGGCAGCUCGGGCAAUGAAUGUUGACCCCAGCUUUUGGAACCAGUACGCCGCUGCCAUCACCAAUGGGCUCGCCAUGAAAAACAACGAGAUCUCUGUCAUCCAGAAUGGAGGCAUCCCUCAGCUCCCAGUAAGUCUAGGCGGAGGUGCCAUCCCGCCUUUGGGUGCCAUGGCUGGUGGGGUGGACAAGACACGCACUGGCAGUAGUCCACCCAUUGUCAGCUUGGACAAAGCAAGUUCAGAGACGGGAGCCAGCCGGCCGUUCACAAGGUUCAUUGAGGAUAACAAGGAAAUUGGAAUAAACUAGUUGGACACCCUUAAGACUCCAUCCUCCUGUCCCGUCCCAAGUCCACUCUUCACUGUUUGAGAAUCAGGCUUCGGACCCCACAUGCCUAGGCUCUCGUUAACAUUUUACCCAUGACAGAAAAAUACCUGCAGCACACAGCUGCUGUGAGGUGGCCUGGGGAGUACCCCAUGGUACUUCCUUCAACAGUGGGGUUAAGAACUCUGCAACCUUUUUAAGAAAAUUUCAGACAAAAGCUUAUGUGCUUGGAAAACGGCCUUAGGACCCGAAAGAGCUCAGACCAUAUCUACUUCAUUUCUCCUAAAACCUAGUGACCCCCAUUGCGUGGGGGAACGAGGGCCCCUGUGGUAGUCCAGUGAGCUGCAUUCAAUGGUUUUGUUCAAAUUCUGUAGACACUUGAACUCUGUUUUAGGGACUCUUCGUCUUGAAGAAGCAGUUCAGUGCUCCAAACGCUGUGUAUUAUGGCAGUCUCUUCAUCUAUAGUAUUUAUGUUAAGAUUAUGCGGGUAACAGACAGUAAAAUAGCCCAACCUUAAAUGAAGAUUUUGUAUCACAGAAUACAUCUGGCUAUGUGAUUUUUUUUUUAAAGCAAGAUUUGCUUUAUUAUAAAUAAGUGGAUUAAUUCAAUGCAGGCAAAAUUGUGACGUUCUAUUGGGAAAGAUAGCAUGCUUUUUGUGUGCAAGUACCUGUCAGUAACACCCUCCCCCUUUAAUUUAAGUGUUUGUAGCUGCUAUGUGAACAGCUGUUCUCUAGUGUGGUCGGUAGCCCCGCAGUCAACUGGGAACAGGUUACAGAUGAGCAUCACCCUAAAAUGAUUCACAGCAUUAUAAACAGUUGUGAGUAAAUAUUUCACAUUAUCAAAGCUGUAUAAUAAAAGAGGUAAUGUUUGUAUAAUGUGGUUGCAAAUCUUAAUUUAUACAAUUGCACUUUUAGUAUUUUGUAUUAGGGAGGUUUGUCUAUAAUUUGAAAAUUUUAAAAAGAUGUAAAGUAUUUUAUAAAUAGUACUUCGGUUUAAAGACAAUGGAGAAAAAAAUCAUGUCACAGUUUAUUGUUUUGUCUUAAAGUCAAACAUGAGAAACCUAUGCUGUUUGAGCAGAAAAGCCACCAAGACUUGUCAGCACCUCAAUAAAAUAAGGCCUGCCAUUUCUUAAAUUAACAUGAUCUAUUUAACUUUUCUACAAAACCCACUGAAAAACUGUGAGCACCCUACCAAAACUUUGGCAAAUUGAUCUCAGUCCCAUGACAUAGAAAAAGCAAGAGCACAGCCAAGUGAGCACUGUCCAAGUGUGAUUUUGCUGUAGGCUCGCCUCUGUCUCUUUCACACGUGAGUCCGGCGGUAUAAUUGGUCAUAACUUUGACAUUCUCUAAGUUCAUGAAU